GAAGAUAGUUGACCAGAUCUCAUGUUUUUAGGAAAAGAUAUGACAGAAAUUUACUUGCUAUUUUAGUUCUUUCCAUAAUAGAAUAGAUUAGCAUAAAUUGUGUAAUUAGCCUUUUAUACACCUAGAAGUUAGGCAUCUAGUUUUCUAUUUAAACCAGAUUGUAAAAUGUAAACAGAGUAUAUACAAUUUUACUUUACCUUUCUCCAAGUUAACAUGGUAUCAGAGCUAGGUUCUCAACUCUGAGAUCUAGGCUGUUUGUUCUUUUAUUUUUUGAGACCCCACAAUGACAACCAACCCAGAAAACCAGUCAAAUCAAACCGAUCAACAUACUGUCCGAAUCUCCAAUUUAAAACUUAAUGGAGACAAUUUUCAUCGCUGGUCACUAUCUGUCCGCUUGUAUAUUCGCGGAAGGGGAAAGAUUGGGUAUUUGACCGGUGAAAAGAAGGAACCAGACAGGAAGGAUGCAGAAUAUGCAACUUGGGAGGCAGAAAACUCAAUGGUUAUGGCGUGGCUUACCAACUCUAUGGAGGAAGAUAUAAGCGCAACCUACUUAGGAUAUUCAACAGCCAAAGAGUUGUGGGAUAACUUGACAGAAAUGUACUCAGAUCUGGGAAAUCAAUCUCAGAUCUAUGAGUUGCAGCUGAAACUUGGAGAAUUAAAGCAAGGAAAUGAGACUGUGACAAAGUAUUUCUCAGCAAUGAAGAGGUUAUGGCAGGAGCUGGAUAUUUUUAAAGACUAUACUUGGAAGGAUCCUUCUGAUGCAGCUCAUUAUCAGAAGGAAGUGGAUAAUUCUAGAGUAUAUUCCUUUUUGGCAGGUUUGAAUGUAGAGUUUGAUGAAGUUAGGAGUCGCAUUAUAGGCAGACGUCCCUUAUCUUCUCUAAAUGAGGUGUUUGCAGAAGUUAGAAGGGAGGAGAGUAGACGGUCUGUUAUGUUAGGGAAAAAGGAGCCAGUACCUGCUUCUAUUGAAACUUCAGCCCUGGUUUCACAAGAAAAUACGGCUCUUAAAGCUGCUGCUCGCAAACCAGAAGAUAAGAAGAAAGUCUGGUGUGACUACUGUCACCGUCCUCGCCAUACAAGAGAGACAUGCUGGAAAUUAAAUGGCAAACCAGAAAAUUGGAAGGCGAGGGAGAGGAGUUUCCCUAAUGCAAAUUCAGCAGAACAAGUGUCUCUCACAAAGGAACAGAUAGAUCAGCUCCUGAAACUAGUAAACCAUUCAUCAACUCCUAACUGCUCUCUUGUCCACACAGGACAGGAACUUGGGGAAGGAGAUUGGCAGUGCUAGAGAAGAUGGUGGGCUCUAUUAUUUUGGAGGAAAAGAUCAAGCAGUAGGGUUAUCUUCUGAUGUAAACUCUCUCUCAAUU